AUGCACCCCAUCGAAGUAAACAUAGACUUAACAGUAUACAAAAAAUCUGACACCAAUCCUGUAAUAUUUCGUAACCUAACUACUGAAACUAUAGAUUGCUACAGAAACUAUAUCCAUAUCUAUACUGACGGAUCAAAAACUGAAACCGGCACGGGAUACGCAGUAAUCACCCCGGAAUCCUCACUUUCAACCAAAUUAGCACCAUAUACAUCAAUUUUUACGGCUGAAGCAACUGCCAUCAACCAUGCUAUAAAAAUCUCUUACAUAAACUCUUAUACAUACACUAUUAUUUUCACUGAUUCAAUGAGCACUUUAGAGGCACUAAGCAGCAUACCAUCGGAUAAUGACAUCCUCCUCCAAAUUCAGGAAACAAACCAUGAAAUCAUAGAAAAGGGCCACAAAAUAAUACUCGUAUGGAUACCGGGACACGUAGGCAUUCCAGGAAAUGAAAAAGCCGACCAGAUAGCAAAACAAGUAGCCAACUCACCAAUUAACUACCAAAAUAUUCCCACCCAAGAGGAUUUAAUCAAAGAAAUCAGAAACAAGUUAAAAUGCCAGUGGGAAUCUGAGUGGAGAAACACAGCUCCACCACACAUCAAAAACAUAGAUGACGCCUUUUUUACAGAAAACACAGCAACUACUUUACUUAGAAAAGAGCAAACUGCUAUAACCCGAAUAAGAAUUGGACACUCCAAAAUCUCCCACUCAUACAUAUUAUCAAAGGAACCCAUCCCAAUAUGCGAACACUGCAACACAACAAUUACAACGGACCACCUAAUCCUUGACUGCCAAAAACACAAUAUUCUUCGCCGUAAACACAAGCUGGAACCUCAACUUAAAGAAAACCUCACCAACAGAAAGCUACACAACCUACUGGGAUUCAUCAAAGAAACAAAAUUAAUUGACAAAAUAUAA